CCACUUAUCAAAUUGGCCACGCAUUAUUUGCUACCAAUAAUAGGCUGCUCACUUCGCAAGCUUACCCAAUCAAAAACAAUGUCAAUCAGCUGGCGUGAAUUCAAAAUAUUGUGCGUGCAUGAUAUUUCAUGAUCGACAACCUUAACCACGGACGACCAUCGACCACACAUUUUUUUACAAUCGUGGCAUUCAAACGCCAAGAUGCCUUCAAAAUUGAGCGAUUAUGAUAUUCUUUAUACGAUCGGGAGUGGCUCUUACGGGAAAUGCAGAAAAGUACGUCGGAAAAGCGACGGAAAGAUCCUUGUUUCCAAAGAAAUUGACUAUGGGACCAUGGGCGAGGCGGAGAAACAGAUGCUUGUGUCAGAGGUCAACUUGCUGAGGGAGCUUAAACACGAGUUCAUCGUUCGCUACUAUGACAGGAUUGUAGACCGUUCAACAUCUACCAUCUACAUCAUUAUGGAGUAUUGUGAAGGAGGUGAUCUAGGCAGUCUCAUAUCAAAAUGCAAGAAAGACAGGAAAUUUUUAGAGGAGAGCUUUGUGUGGAAGAUAUUUCAGCAGCUUACCGUGGCCUUGCAGGAGUGCCACAGGAGGGGCAAAGGUCGCGCCAUCCUUCACCGAGAUCUUAAGCCCGCCAAUGUAUUCCUGGAUGCUGAUCACAAUGUGAAGCUUGGUGACUUUGGCCUAGCCAGGGUGCUCCAUCACGAUACCAGUUUUGCCAAGACAUUUGUUGGGACACCUUAUUACAUGUCUCCUGAACAGAUGAAUAGAUUGUCAUACAAUGACAAGUCAGAUAUUUGGUCCCUAGGUUGUUUGCUCUAUGAACUUUGUUCACUCAGUCCUCCUUUCACUGCUCCAAACCAAGCUGCCUUAGCUGUGAAGAUCAAGGGUGGUCACUUUCGUAGGUUGCCUGUGCAAUAUUCAUCUGAUCUCAACGAUAUCAUCUCCACCAUGCUAAAAGUCAAGCCCGCAUCAAGACCAUCGAUAGACGACCUCCUCGCCAAUCCGAGACUGUCGCCUCCAACUUCCCCGGACUCCUCGGGAGACAAGAAAUCCUCUGAAUCAGAUCUCCUGAAGAAGGAGAGAGAGGCCUUGCUUGCCCGGGAGGAGAGCCUCAAGGUCAGGGAGAGGGCUGCCAGCAAGAGGGAACAGAUGCUGAAUGACAAAGAGAAAGAACUGGACAUGAGGGAGAGAAGCUUAGCAGCUAGAGAGAGGCUAGCAAAAGACAAAAUGUCAAGGGCAGAAGAGCUACUUGAGCAACAGCAACAGAAACAGCUUUCAAAGGCUACCUCCAGAGUGGCAGAACUUCGGAAGCAAAAAGAAUACCUUGAUGAUAAGCACCCAACCACCUUGAAGACGAAGAAGCACGUCCAUUUCAUGCCGGGAAAGGAAAACGACCCCGCAUCUCACGAAAGCGACGAUGCCGCACUGCCGGCCGAUACCAAGAUGGCAAAUUUGAAAGAGCGAUUGUAUCAGGCGAAAUUGAGAGGACUUGCCCUUCGGAAGCAAGAGAUGACUUCAAAGCUCAAGAGCAAACAGCUGCUCUCAUUGAGAUGAGCUUGUCAAAGAUUGAUUGGCUGAAGGACAGGAAGGGUUUAAGAAAGUGCAGGACACUUACAGGCAACGUACAACGGGACAGGUGGACCAUGCAAGCUUGUUUCAGAGUAUCAAGAAUUUUUGCCUUUGCAACAAAACCAAGUGUAAUACCCGAGGGUGUUUCACAAACCUUGGAGUACGACUUGACGGCAUGUUUUAGUGCCGAUGUACGCAUAAUAUUUAACACACAAUCUCACUGAUUUUAUUAAUAAGAUGAUGCUUUAUACAACAUGCAAUCAGGAAUAGGUUGGUCUUUCAUCUGACAUAAUGGAGUAGUAUAGAUUGUUCAUGAUAGUGAGCUCUGAUUAAUGAAGGUAUCUAGUCUGAUGAAUGAAAAAAAACAAGACUGGUAACCCCGGUGAACAGAGUGGGUUUCACUGUGAGGGGGAAAAAAAUGAAAUUUAUUUGUAUGUUGGUAUAAAAAAAUAUUAAAACAGAUCAUACUGGUUCUUCAUAGAAAACUGUUUUAAUAUUAUUCUUUUAUCGCAAUCUAAUUGACAAAAGUUAGUUGUGAUCUACCAAGAGGUCUGAUAGUAUUCUGGCAAACUUGUAAGCUGUGCCGAUGAAUGGAAAUAAAUGUAAUUGUGUGUUAUUGUAAUU